AUGCCACUCAAGGAUUCGACACCACUAGAUACAGACGAGAUUACCCACGAUAUAUCAACCGCGCCCACGACACCUGAUGGAAGUCUUACUUUCAGUCCCAUAUUACAAGCUUUGAGUUUAGAUGACGGAAUCGCAUUUGAAAAUUCUCUUAGAAGUGAAAACUCGACGCAUCGUCUUGUACAAAAUGUAUGUUGUGUAGGUGCGGGAUAUGUUGGUGGUCCAACAGCAGCUAUCCUGGCGCUUCAAAAUCCACAAAUAAAUUUCACAAUUGUCGAUAAAAAUACUUAUCGCAUCAAUCAAUGGAAUUCAAAACACUUACCAAUCCACGAACCGAAUCUACCAGAGAUUAUACGUAUAUGUCGUGAUGGAUCGAGAGCCUUCUCUAUUUCCAAUGAUCCGUCGCCUGAAAAUUCUGAAUCAUCUUCUGAAGAUUUCUCUGAACAUACUGAUUCUAUUCACAUUCCAGUACGCUCACCAAAUCUAUUCUUCUCUGACAAUGUCGAGAAAUGUCUGGGCGAAGCAGAUAUAAUAAUGAUCGCAGUCAAUACACCCACAAAGACUUAUGGAAUAGGUUCCGGAAAAGCAACAGAUAUGACGGCUGUAGAAUCGGUUGUGCAAGAUAUUGGAAAACAUGCGAAAUCUGGAGCUAUAAUCGUAGAGAAAAGCACCGUGCCUAGUCGAACUGGCGAAUUUAUCAAAGACAUUCUGGCAAUUCACCGUCCUAAUGAAAUCUUCCCAAUUCUCUCAUCUCCCGAAUUCCUCUCCGCAGGCUCCGCUGUUCAAGAUCUCUUACAUCCAGAUCGUAUUCUCAUUGGUUCCUCUUCCUCUCACAUCUCCACCCUUGCCGCCCACUCCCUCGCUUCCCUCUACCACUGGAUUCCUUCCCAAAAACUGAUCCAUACCACCACUGCCUCUUCCGAACUAUCGAAACUUGUUUCCAACGCCAUGUUAGCCCAGCGAAUAAGUUCCAUCAAUAGUAUUUCCGCGAUUUGCGAAGCUAUCGAUGCGGAUAUUGAUGAAGUAUCGUUAGCUGUAGGUCUUGAUUCUCGGAUUGGGGGUAAAUAUUUGAAAGCGGGGAUUGGAUUCGGAGGCAGUUGUUUUGGGAAGGAUAUUAAAUCUUUGAUUUAUUUGGCUGAGGGAUUGGGACUGGACGAAGUGGUGGCUUAUUGGGAGAGUGUAUUAGUGGUUAAUGAGUGGCAGAGAAGGAGAUGGGUUGAGAGGAUUGUAAAGAAGAUGGGUGGUGGGUUGAGGGGAAAGAAGAUAGUGGUGUUGGGGUAUACUUUUAAGCAGGGAACUGGGGAUUUGAGGGAGAGUUUGGCCAGGGAAGUAAUUGAAAUGUUGGGUGAGGAGAAACCGGGGGAAAUUGUGGUUUGGGAUGAUGGGUGUGAUGGGGAUGUGUUGAGGGAAGAGGUAAAGAGCAUGGCAAAUGUGAGGGUAGAGGUCGAUCUUUAUAUUGCUUGUGAAAGGGCAGACGCGCUUCUUAUCUGCAGAGAGCUGAAAAAUUCUACAAAGGGGAAAAGUGAGGAAUUGGCUGAUCCGAGACCAUGUUUCGGAUUUCCUUCGGAAAUGGAUUUGUUAGAGCUAAGAAGAUAUCUAUCAUCGCAGUCUUGUGAAGAGGUAGAUGUAGAUGAUCCACUAGGAAGACUAUAUCCCGAGCCACCCUGUAAAGAGGGUUGCGCGAAAUGCGAGUAUGGGAAAAAGAUAAAUGUAAAAGGAGAGCAGGACAUUGAAUGGAAAAGAGUAGUUAAGGGGAUGACAGCACCAAGAUGGAUAUUUGAUGGAAGGGGUGUUGUUGAUAGAAUUAGAUUGGAGGAGAUUGGAAAAGAUGUCGGAGUCGAGGUUAGGGUUGUGGGGGUAGGAGUGGGGAGGCAUGGAUGGUAG